UUCUCUCCGGGGAGCGUCCCUUGCACUUGCAGAUCAGCCGCGGCUGCAGCCCCGGCUCUGCGCACCCCACUGGGCUCAGGCCCCGGGAUUCCCCGGGCCUGAGGACAAUGGAGUCGGUGGAGAAAUGGCACAAGGAUUACAUAGCCUUCAAGCUUCUGGACAAAAAAUGUAACUCAAAGAGGAAUGAGGUUACAGGCUUGAUUGUAAAGCACCUUCAGAAAACCUUGAAGAUGCCCAGCUCCUUGCAGCUCUCCUCCUGGGUGGCUCUCUCCCAGCAUUGCACAGGCUCCUGUCCAAACUUGAUGAUGAAUAGGAAUGACGCGCUCAAUCGAAAGCCUGACAGCGCGUCCCCUGCGCUCCAGCUGCCCACUAGUAAACAUCAAACGCUCUGCUUUUUGCUCUCAUCGGAUGGGGAUGGCCACUCUGAUGGCCUGGUGUCCCAGGGGUGGCGGAGGAGUUUGCAGGCUCAGAUGGAGCAGGCUCACAGUGGUGGAACUGGCAGCAGCACAGGGUCUCUGGAGCGAGCGUCCAUUUUCUGUGCCUCUAGAUCCAAUUCUUCCUCUAGUUCUACCUUGUCCAGUCCAGUGGGUCCACUCACCAAAGUCAAAUCCUCCAGCCGGUUCUCCCUGUUCUCUCCACCAUCUUGGAACAGCAGCGCCGAGCUGGAUUUCAACCCUCUGUCCUGCUCCAGCUCCAAGAAGUCCCACAGCUACAGCCAGAGGGGAGGUGCGAAGCCUGAGGAACCCAGCGACCCAAAGCCAGGAGGACGGGAAUACUUCAGCUUCUCAGAGCCUGUCAUCGCCAGGGUGAUGGACUGCAUCUACCUGGGGAACCUCAAUGCGGCCUACUGCGGGAGGGUGCUGUGCAGAAACAACAUCGACAGCAUCAUCGACAUGAGCAGCCUGCCCAGCAACUACAGCCUGAGUGUCAUUCCAUGCACAUGCAGCCGAGGAGGGCUCCGGCACAACUGGUCUCGCCUCAAAGUGGACAUCCAGGGCCCCCUGAAUGGGAAAUGUCCUGCCCUGAGGGAGCCUUGCUUCUGGGACAUCAAUGAGUGCAUUGAAGCCUCUUUGGAGAAAAGAAAGCGGGUCCUCAUCCACUGUCUGGAUGGCUAUUCCCUGGCCCCUACCUGUGUCAUCCAGUACCUAAUGGUGAAGCAUAACAUGCGGCUGAUGGCAGCUUAUGAGUUUGUGAGGGCCAGGUACCCGCUGAACAUCCGUGAAUGCCAUCAGGAUAUGCUGGUGGGCCUGGAGAGGUCUCUGCAGCCUGGAAAUGUGGACAUGGGGCACUUGAAGCAUUCCAUGUCCCGGAAGGUAGCAUGGACUUAAAAGGACAAUGUGGCGAGGGACAGAGUGCUGUAACUGCUCGGGGGUACUAGCCAUGAAGUGGAACCUGAAGCAGCCAAAAAAAAAAAUAGCCUUCAUCUCCCUUAAUGUGGUGACUGUAGCUGUUCCAUAUGGAAAGAAGACAAUGCUGGUAGAUGUUCUAGAAGCUGUGUGCAAGGCAGGUGGCUAUCCUGGGCAGUCGCUGCUGUGACCAUAGUG